AUGGGAGACAUUAGUACAUCAAAUGGCCAGAAUGGCUCUGGCAAUGACAGUGGCAAGAAGCAGAUCCUGAUAAAUGCUUUUGACAUGUCCACAGUGGGACAUCUGUCUCCUGGACAAUGGAAGAACCCCAAAGACAAGUCCGCAACGAAACGCAAACUCGAAUACUGGAUCGAACUCGCCAAGUUAUUGGAGCGAGGUGGCAUCAACGCCUUGUUCCUGGCAGACACUACUGGGGGCUAUGAUACCUACGAAGGCAAACUGGAUGAGUGUAUUCGACGAGCGGCGCAAUGGCCAGUCACGGAUCCAACUAUCCCCAUCAGUGCCAUGGCCGCCGUGACCAAGAACCUUGCUUUCGGCAUUACUGCUUCGACUUCCUUUGAGCAGCCUUUCCUACUCGCGAAGCGCUUUUCUACACUUGAUCACUUGACGAAUGGCAGGAUAGGUUGGAACAUUGUUACUUCAUACAAGAAGGCUGCAUUCAAGGCCAUCGGCGUUGAUACUCCCAUUGAGCAUGACCAGCGAUAUGCCCAAGCAGAUGAGUAUCUGCGAGUGCUUUAUAAACUUUGGAAUGGCUCCUGGGCCUCAGAUGCCCUUUCGCCAGACCCAGAAGCAGACUCGUACGUCAAUCCCGACAAGGUCCGUGAGAUUAACCAUCAAGGAAAGUUCUAUUCUCUGAGUACGCGCCACAUCGUCGACCCGUCGCCGCAGAGAACGCCAUUCUUGUUCCAAGCUGGUACGUCGCCGGCUGGUUCAGCUUUCGCUUCGACUCAUGCCGAAGCAAUAUUUGUUUCUUCCCACUCUCCAGAGGUCUUGCGGCCUAAAGUCCAGAAGAUCCGGGAGUUGGCGGCAGCAAACGGCCGGGAUCCACAGUCAAUCAAGUUCUUUGGCACUUUUACGCCGAUCGUGGGACGAACCGACGAGGAGGCAUGGGAGAAAUACGAAGAGCUGAAGAAGUAUGCUUCAGUAAUUGGCGGCCUAGUGCUUUUCAGCGGGUGGACAGGCAUCGAUAUCUCCAAGAUCCCUCUGGAUCAGGAGAUCACAGAAGCCGAUUCGCUCGAAGCGGGCAAGGUGACUAGUCUACUUGACUCGCUGCUGAAGACUAGUAAGGAUAUUCCGAAGUGGACACCCCGUGUAGUAGCCGAGAAAGCUGCUAUCGGUGGCCUUGGACCAGUGGCCAUUGGUAGUCCGACUACUGUUGCAGAUGAGAUGGAGCGGUGGAUUCGCGAGGCUGAUCUGGAUGGGUUCAAUAUUGGCUAUGUGACCACGCCCGGUAGCUUUGAGGAUCUGAUUGAUCUCGUCAUCCCAGAGCUGAGGAAACGAGGCCUGUAUCCAGAAUUGCCAUCCGAGUCGGAUGAGCCGCUUACUGCUCGUGAGAAGGUUUAUGGCAAGGGCCCAGAAGGAACUGCGCGAUGA